CACCCUUGAGGUUAGUUUUAGAUAGAGAUUUGUGCGGUUGCAGCGACUGAGUGUUGGGGGUUAGGGCUCAUCAGGGAUAGGUGGUGAAGACCUUUCCCUGAACUGAUAUUUGUCUCCUAGGACCUCCUCGCUCCAUGUUACCCCUCAGACCCUGCAGGAGAGGAGGAGAGGAAGAGGAUGAGUGGAGAGCGAUGGGUCUGACCUGCCUGGACCGAGACAGAGAGGCCUACAUCAGGGAUAAUAAAGAUCCAGUUGAAUUCACAAGGAUCCAUCCGUCCAACAGCUGUCACGGUGACAUCACCUCUCACCUCAUGGUGCCGGGUGGGACUUCCCUACAAUCUGGCCAAUUAGGAGACCCCUCUGCACAUGCACACGCCCACUCGGCCCACCACCAUUGGAUGCCGAGCACUGGAAGUCCCUCCAUCUGGAUGACAAGCCACUCCUACGGAAUCGGCCACUCAGCCCUUCACCAGAACCUCACCCCAGGUUUUUCUGCAGCCAUGCCAGGGUCUCUACAGCCUGUGCUGCCUCUGCCCCAGGACCCGUCUACCCAGCUGGUGGUGCUACCCACAGAGCCUGCUGCCCACCCUGCCACACAUCACCUGGAUGUGAUGGAGCAGCCUGGGCUGUGGCCCCCAGUGUACGGAGCCCGAAGGCCCUCCUCCCACAUACACCCACAACACCCCGCUGUGUACUCCCGCUCGCAGUUUCUACGGCAACAGGAGCUGUACGCUCUCCAGCAGCAUCAACAGCAUCAUCAUCUGCAGCAGCAGCAUCAACACCAACAGCAACAGAGUCACCAGUCACACCCCCAACCCCAACCCCAUCCUCAACCCCAGCCACAGACCCAGCCACAGACCCAGCCACAGCCACAGCCUCAGCCACAGACCCAGCCACAGACCCAGCCACAGACCCAGCCUCAGACCCAGCCACAGACCCAGCCACAGACCCAGCCUCAGCAGCACCACAGGGCAGCACAGACCAUGGAGCUCCAACACAGACCCAACCACACCCAGGUGCAGAAGAGACCUGAGGAGCCUUCAGUGGAGCUGGAGGAGCUGCUCUCUGAGCCACCAGGUUCUAAACCUUCCAAACCCUACUCCUCCUACCACAACCCCUCCUCCAACAGAAACACCCCCACCCCGGGGGCCUGCACUGCUCACCUGUCCCCCUGCUGCCAGUCCCAGUCCCCCUCCCUAUGCCCCCACCCUAAGAGCACCCCAUCCACCCUGCCCCGCCCUAGCCCGGCAGCCGCCGCCCUGGUCUCCGGCCAUCAGUCCCGCCCCCACAGCUGCCAAAAGGACGGAGUCCCAGGACAAGAGGGAGAGGACAGCCCCGCAGGAUUACCCACAAUCCUGGAGCUGGUGCAGAAGAGACUGAGGAGCCUUCAGUGGAGCUGGAGGAGCUGCUCUCUGAGCCACCAGGUUCUAAACUUCCAAACCCUACUCCUCCUACCACAACCCUCCUCCAACAGAAACACCCCACCCCGGGGCCUGCACUGCUCACCUGUCCCCUGCUGCAGUCCCAGUCCCCCUCCCUAUGCCCCCCCUAAGAGCACCCCAUCCACCCCCUGCCCCGCCCUAGCCCGGCAGCGCCGCCCUCGGUCUCCGGCCAUCAGUCCCGCCCCCACAGCUGCCAAAAGGACGGAGUCCCAGGACAAGAGAGGAGAGGCAGCCCCCGCAGGAUUACCACAAUCCCUGGAGCCUGACUUGCCUCCUGGAUACACCUACCCUGCCAUCGCCAUGGGUUACAGGAGCGGCACAUCCCCCCACGAUGUCCGAUUGGCCGAGCCAGCAGACCUGGAGGCGGUCCAGGCGGAGCCUGCUGAAAAUGCUCCCCAGCCUCUCUCCAGCCUGGGGGCGGGGUUAGAGUGUCAGGCCGUGGUGAGGCCCCUCCCACACCAGGAAGUGGAGGAGGAAGAGGAGGGGCAAAAGGAAGAGGAGGUGCAGAGAGAAGAGGUGGAAGCCGGAGUAGCAGCAGGCAGCUGUGGACCUCCAGAACAGGAGGAGGAGGAGGUGUGUCCUCCUGCGGAGAGCCGUGUGUGUGAAACCGCCUCCUGUCCCAUCCCUAUCCCCCUCUCUGAGGAGGAGAACCACAGAGCUGACCCCACCUCCAUCCUGGAGGAGGAGGACAAGUGCAAGGUGGAGAGAAGACAGCAGCAGGAGGUGGCAGGAGAACAGGAGGAGCCAGAGCAGGGCUCCACCAUCAUCGACUUGGACCCUCCCUGCCCUGCCCAGCCCCACCAGGAGGCACAUACUGAGGAGGAAGAGGAGGGAGGAGAGGAGGAGCAGGAGGAGGAGAGUACUCCUAAUGAUGACAAKCACUCAGUAGAGUUGGUGUGCCUCUCCCCCUCCUCUCCCUCUCCGUGCCCCAGCCAGUCUAUCAUCACCCUCUCCACCUCCCUGAAACCCAUUGUGCCUAGUUAUUGGAGCCUAGAGCUGCUAAUCGCUGCAGCCUUCUGCGCCGACGUCCCUCCGUUUCCCAUGCUGCCCUCCAGCCACCCUCCAGCCCCAGGCCUGUGACACCCAUCCCUGCCCCAGCCACCCCCACCACGGUAUGGAGCUGCUCAGCGAGCUGGCCGACCUGGAGCUCCAACAGCACCGACACAACACAGGAGACAGCCAAGGUGAGA